CACCUGUCUGCUGGCCGCGGAACGCUCGAGCGCUGCACACAGCUGUGGCGCGGGGGCGCGCGCGCGCGACGCGUUGCUGCCAUUCCAGCACUCGCAUUCCCCGGAGCCGCGCGGGAGGAAACGCGCACGCGGGCGACUCAGGAGAAGCCGAACCCUUCCGAACAUUACCGGUGAGGGCUGACGGUCGGUACCCCCCCCCCCCCACACCGACGGUAACAGCGGACCGGGGAAGGACCGGUGGGGUAAGGGGGUCCGGGAAAGUGCGCAGCCGGUAACGCCACGUCGACUAAACCGGAGAGUUAACGGAACCAUGCUGAACCCGUCCUCCAGCGACGACACCGGCGGGGAGUCCGACCCGGAGGUCGCGGAGGAGACUCCGAGGAAUGCGGCCACCGGUGCGGCGGAGAAACGCGGGAACGACAGCCGGAGCGGCGGCGGCCAGGUGCGUCAGUCCGCCGCACCUGGAGGAGCUGCACCCGGGAGAGGUGCGAGAGGCAGCAUCGCUACAGGUGACGCGGAAGAGGAGCAGGAGGAGGAGGAAGGUGAGGAGGAGGAGAGGAAGGAGCGCGAGCGCAUCCAAAAGGAGGAAGAGGAGCGGAGGACGCACCUGCAGCUGUACGUGUUCGUGCUGCGCUGCGUCGCCUACCCGUUCAGCGCCAAGCAGCCGACCGACAUGGCGCGGCGGCAGCAGAAGGUGAACAGGCAGCAGCUGCAGGCGCUGAAGGAACGUUUCCUGGCCUUCCUCAACGGGGAAACUCAGAUAGUGGCGGACGAGGCGUUCUGCAACGCCGUGAGGAGCUACUACGAGGGCUUCAUGAAGAGCGAGCGCGUCUCCCGGAUGGUCCACAGCGGCGGCUGCUCGGCCGGCGACUUCCGCGAGGUCUUCAAGAAGAACAUCGAGCGGCGCGUCCGCAGCCUGCCGGAGAUCGACGGCCUGAGCAAAGAGACGGUCCUGAGCUCCUGGAUCGCCAAGUACGACGCCAUCUACAGGGGCGACGAGGACGUGCGGCGGCAGCCGCCGCGAGCGCACCUGGGCGCCGCGGCCGAGCUCAUCCUCAGCAAGGAGCAGCUGUACCACAUGUUCCAGCAGAUACUCGGCAUCCGCAAGUUCGAGCACCAGCUGCUGUACAACGCCUGCCAGCUGGACAACGUGGACGAGCAGGCGGCUCAGAUCCGCAGAGAGCUGGACGGGAGGCUGCAGCUGGCGGAGAAGAUCUCCAGGGAGAGGAGCUUCCCGAAGCUGUGCUCCCCCGACAUGGAGCCGCUCUACGUGGAGGAGCUGCGCUCGGCCGUCGGGCUGCUCAUGGCCAACCUGGAGAGUCUGCCGGUCUCCAAGGGGGGUCUGGUCUCCAAGGGGGGUCCGGACUUCAAGCAGAAGCUCAAGCGCUCCUCCGCCAACAACUCGUUCCUGGACCUGGGCGACGAGGCCGACGCCCUGUCCAGGAACGACGUGGUGCUGUCCUUCACGCUGGAGGUCGUGAUCGUGGAGGUUCAGGGUCUGAAGUCCGUGGCCCCGAACCGGGUCGUGUACUGCACCAUGGAGGUGGAGGGGGGCGAGAAGCUGCAGACGGACCAGGCCGAGGCCUCCAGACCGCAGUGGGGGACCCAGGGGGACUUCACCACCACCCACCCGCUGCCCUCCGUUAAGGUGAAGCUGUUCACCGAGAGCACCGGGGUCCUGGCUCUGGAGGACAAGGAGCUGGGCCGGGUGGUCAUGAACCCGACCACCAACGGGCCGAAGCAGGCCGAGCUCCACCGGAUGGUCGUCCCCAAGAGCAGCCAGGACGCCGAGCUGAGGAUCAAACUGGCGGUCCGCAUGGACAAGCCCCCCAACAUGAAGCACAGCGGGUACGUGUCGGCGGUGGGCCAGAGGGUCUGGAAGCGCUGGAAGAGAAGAUACUUCGUCCUGGUUCAGGUGAGUCAGUACACCUUCGCCAUGUGCAGCUACAGAGAGAAGAAGGCGGAGCCUCAGGAGCUGAUGCAGCUGGAGGGCUACACGGUGGACUACUGCGACCCUCAGCCAGGCCUGCAGGGGGGCGGUGUGUUCUUCAGCGCGGUGAAGGAGGGGGACGUGGUGGUGUUUGCGUGUGAGGAGGAGGCGGACCGGGCCCUGUGGGUCCAGGCCCUGUACCGCGCCACGGGGCAGGCCCACAAGCCCAGAGCCCGGGGGCCCGCGGCCCCCACCGGUGUGGACCCGUGCCAGCGGCGCGGCGUGGAGGGCGUGGCCUCCGCCUCGCCGUGCAGCUUCGACCACGCAGCCCUGUUCUCCGUCCUGCAGAAGAAAACGCUGCAGCACCGCAUGAGCGACUCCUUCUCCUGCCUGGGCUGGCUCAGCCCGGGUCAGGUGUUCGUGCUGGACGAGUACUGCGCCCGCUACGGCGUGCGCGGCUGCGGGCGCCACCUGCUCCUCCUGAGGGAGCUGCUGGCGCUGAGCGGCGGCGGCGCCCUGGUGGACGCCACGCUGCUGCACUACAGCUACGCCUUCUGCGCCGCACACGUCCACGGCAACAGACCGGACGGCAUGGGGACGGUGACCGUGGAGGAAAAGGAGAACUUUGAGGACAUCCGGGGUCGUCUCAUGUCUCUGCUGGAGAACCAGAUCACACAUUUCAGGUACUGCUUUCCCUUUGGCCGACCAGACGGGGCCCUGAAGGCAACGCUGGCCCUGCAGGAAAGGGUCCUGAUGAAGGACAUCACCACGCCGGCGCCGCCGGAGGAGAUGAGGAGGCUGGUGCAGAGGUGUCUGGAGAACGCCGCGCACGUCAACUACCGCCAGCUCACGGAGUACGCCCACCUCACAGCGGACCCCCAGGACCCCCAGAAGAGGCUGGAGGCCUCCCUGAGGCUGGGGGAGCUCUGCAUCGAGGUCCUGCAGCAGAACGACGAGCACCACUCCGAGGCGUUCUCGUGGUGGUCCGAUCUGAUGGCCGCCCACGCCGAGGCCUUCCUGGCUCUGUACCGAGCCGACAUGGACGCUGCUCUGCAGGAGCAGCCCGUGGACUCGUGGGACAGCUUCCCUCUGUUCCAGAUGCUCAACAACUUCCUGCGACUGGACCUGCACCUGUGCAACGGGCCGUUCCACAGACACCUGCAGGACCUGUUUGUGCCCCUGGUGGUGCGCUACAUCGACCUGAUGGAGUCGUCCAUCGCCCAGUCCAUCCACCGCGGCUUUGAGCAGGAGACCUGGCAGCCGGUCAAGUCUCUGACUCACACCCUAGCGAGCGUCCCUCUUCCCAGAGUCCCCGGCCUCACGCUGCCCAGCCUCCCGGCCUGGAUGGGACCGCUGUGUGAGACCACCACCGGCUCGGCCACCUCGGAGGACUUGUUCUGGAAGCUGGACGCGCUGCAGAUGUUCGUGCUGGACCUCCACUGGCCCGAGCCCGAGUUCGCCAAACACCUGGAGCAGCGUCUGAAGCUGAUGGCCAGCGACAUGAUGGAGGCCUGUGUCAAGAGAACGAAAUGUGCCUUUGACUCUCGGAUCCAGAAGGCGAGCCGGUCCACGGACCUCCGCGUGGCGCCGCCGCUGUGCGCCAUGUUCAACGUGCUGAUGGACGCCAAGAAGCAGAGCGCCAAGCUGUGUGUGCUGGACACGGGGCAGGAGAUUGACAAACAGUGGCAACAGUACCACUCCAAAAUCGACGUCCUGAUCGACGAUGCGUUCAAAGACAUGAUCUCCUCCCUGGUAGCGAAGCUGUCGGCCGUGCUGGAGCUGGUCCUCUCGAAGCUCUCCAGGUACGAUGAAGGGACCUUCUUCUCCUCCAUCCUCUCCUUCACCGUGAAGACAGCCUCCAGAUAUGUGGACCUCCCUAAACCCGGGAUGGAUCUGGCCGACACCUACAUCACCUUCAUCCGUCAGAACCAGGACAUCCUCCGAGACCGGGUCAACGACGAGCUGUACACCGAGAAGGUGUUUGAGCUGUGGUACGGCGGCUGCAUGGCGGCGCUGUGCGUGUGGCUGGCGGAGCGCGUGGACCUGCAGCUUCACGCCUACCAGCUGAAGACACUCAUCAGGAUCGUGAAGAAGACGUACCGUGACUUCCGCCUGCAGGGCGUUGUUGACGUGUCUCUGAACAGCCGGAGCUACGAGGCGGUUCACCGCCGCCUGGCGGUGGAGGCGGCGACGGCGGCGGUGAAGUCUGGAGACGGCCUGCAGGGCGUCAGCAUGAGAGACAGCGAGGAGGAGGAGGGGGAGGGGGAGGGGGGGAGGAGGAGGACUGAGGCCACGCCUCCACCUCCUCCAUCGGGACCUUCUUCACUCACCGAAGGUCUCGAUUGGUUAAGGACCAACGCUCGGGCCCCGCCCCCCCAACCUCUCACCUGCGGGACAGGAAGUCCCGCCCUCCGCCAGCCGUACCGUGAUGUCACUCAGCGCUGAGGCUCCGCCCCCUCACUGUUCACCGUCAAGUCUUUGAAUGUUACAUCCUGCGGUUUAAUUUUCACAACCGACGUUUUUGGGAAAACGUAAAAGUCAAAAAGUGUUUCUCGCAUCCUGAAAUGUUCGUUACGACCUCCGUUGACAUUUCCCCCCGACAGGCGCCCCCUUGUGGUCGCGCCCGGUAGUACGAACGAUGUCCCUCCAACCUUUUGAGAAGCUCGGAGUCUCUAACGCUCGUGUCGAAUGCCGAGGAUUUGUCCGUCGUUCACCCGCCGUGGUCCCGAGGGGGGCGGAGCCUGGAGUUUACUCAUCGGGUUUUAAUAUUUAUCGUCCAGAUGGAACGGCGGACGAAGGCGUCUGAGGAGAAUUCAACAGUUUCCAUCGGGUCAAUCGACGAAGACGCCGUCGGCUGCACCGGUGACGACCACGUAGCUAACGAGUUAGCUCAGGAGCUAACGGGUUAGCUUUUGAGCUAACGUCGGUUACGUAGCGGCUAGUCGCGUAGUUCUGGACCGUCUGGAGAAAUACAAUUUAAACUUACGACCAGCGAUGGCGGCCAUUGGAGAAGGUGGUCCGGUGGUCCGGUGGCUUCAGCCGACCGCCCGGGUCGAGCUUUCAGAACCAAAGAUUCUCUGUCUCCGUUCGUCGUGAAACCGUGUCGUCGCGAAUAAAGAAAUGAAAAAGAGUUUUCUUUCUUUCUUUCUUUUUUUUGCUGUAAUGUUUUCGUGUCGGCCGCCGAUCAACUCCGUUUGCUAAAGGACCAAAACAACGACGUGAAGAUGUUUGUGUCUGAGUGUCACAAUAAAACAAAUCUAAAGAACC